AUGAAAUACAUAUUAUGCUUACUUUUGCUGUUCAUUGGUCGUAACCUGGCAGAACAAGCGGUUAAUACUGACUCCAAACUGGAUGUUCUCGAAAACUCUUUUAAGCUGCAGAGUGUAGCAACGCCAGCGAAAAACGGUUCGAAUAUAUCGAUACCUUCGUCCCACCGAGUUUCUCCUAGUAUUAGUUCUGAGACAUUGAGCUCUCAAAUUGACUCUCGUCCCGAAUUUUUGUCGUUUAAUGAAUGGAACAAGGAGAAACUUCGACAAAAGAAGGCGGUACACCAGGAUAGGCCUCAGAGGCUCAAGUUUGAUAACUCUAAUAGUGGAGAGGUGAUGCGUGAUGAGUUAGAUAUGGAUUUUGAGAUUUUCAAUGAAGAAGAACCAGAAGGAAAGGUGUAUAAGGAUAAGUUCAACUAUGCGUCUGUCGAUUGUGCGGCUACUGUAAUUAAAACAAACUCUGAAGCACAAGGAGCUACUUCCAUUCUUUUUGAAAAUAAAGAUAAAUCGCUUUUGAACCCAUGCUCUGUUUCCAACAAAUUUGUUGUUAUAGAAUUGUGUGAAGACAUUUUAGUUGAGAGCAUUGUGAUGGCCAACUUUGAGUUUUUUUCGAGUACUUUUAAGACAGUCAGAUUCUCUGUUGCAGAACGUUUCCCGGUUCCAAAGAAUGGAUGGAAAGUUCUUGGUGAGUUCGAGGCAGAGAAUGUUAGAAACACCCAAGAAUUCAAAAUUCCUAACCCAAUGAUAUGGGCAAGAUACUUGAGAAUUGAAGUACUCUCUCAUUAUGGCGAUGAAUUUUAUUGUCCUAUAACUUUAAUCCGUGCCCAUGGGAUUGCGAUGAUAGAUGAAUUUAAGAUGGAAGUACAAAACUCAGGUGCGGAACUCGAGGAAAUGAUUCCAAUUGACCAUGUUUCUGCGAUUGAAAAGGAGAAAUGCAUGAUUCCCAAAUCCUUUGCAACUAACAAUAUGUCAAUCAAUUUUGAUCUUGACUUCAAUUAUCAAUGCUUAGCAUCAUUAAAACAUAUGGAUUUCGAUGAGUUCUUUGCUGGCCACAGAAACAAUGAGAAUAUAACACGGAUUAAAGAAACUUCAGCCUCAAUGCCUAUAAAUACUGAAGAAUCAAUCUUCAAGAAUAUCAUGAAAAGGCUUUCUGGUCUAGAAACCAAUAUGACAAUGUCUAUUUUGUAUAUCGAAGAGCAGAGUAAACUUCUCUCAAGAUCCUUCGAUGAGUUAGAACUCUCUUAUGCUCAAAAGUUCGAAGCCCUUAUUAAUGUUUUUAAUGAAACCAUGAAUAUGAAUCUUGAAAACCUUAACCAAUUUGCUUCGCAAUUAAGAGAAAGUUCUCUAAAGAUUGUUGAAGAACAGAAGUUGACCACAGAUAAAUUUUUGACAACAACAAUGAAGAAAGUAGAUGAUUUAGAGACAGCUUACCGCCAACAAUCUAGAGUUUUGUAUCUAAUACUGUUUGGAUUGAUAACAUUGAUCAUCUAUAUAUCUCUCACAAGGGAAUCGUAUUUUGAAGACCAUAUGGUUGAUGAUGGUUGGUAUAGUGAAGGUUCUUCUCUAACGAAAUUGAAGAAGAACAUUAAAAGGUCUGUUUCUGAGAAUAGUCAUGGUCUUUCAUUCGAAGUGAGCACUUACUCACCUAUAUCGUCGGAUUCAGAUUUUGAUGAUGAUGAUAGUGUAAUUAUAUCCAAUAAGUAA